CCAUGUGAUCAAAACACAAUCAUGGCGGCCUCCGCUGCAGUCCGGUCGAGCAUGGGACUGACUUUCAGACUUUCUCGAGUUAUACCGGACUGUAGCACAUGUCCCCUCUACAGGUUGAAGAGCUGUGUGGGUAGCGGGGCUAAUUUACAAAGGAGGGCUUCCGUUGACAACUUCCGGACGAUACGCCGACACUUGCAGACGAGUAUGGGUCUUUACCACAGUGAGGAGGGGAGCUCCAAUGCAGAGGACCCAGAUGAUGUGGUGAAUGUGGUAUAUAUAGAUCGGUCUGGCCAGAGGAUCCCAAUUAAGGCCAAAGUGGGAGACAACGUCCUGUAUCUGGCUCACAAGCAUGGAGUUGAUCUGGAAGGAGCCUGUGAGGCUUCACUGGCCUGCUCAACAUGUCAGGUCUACGUGAGUGCUGCACAUUUUGACAAACUGCCACAGCCUGAUGAGAGGGAGGAUGACAUGCUUGACAUGGCGCCCAUGCUUCAGGAGAACUCCCGGCUGGGAUGCCAGAUCAUUCUCACUCGAGAGCUUGAUGGCAUUGAGUUCACCUUGCCGAAAGUCACCAGGAACUUCUACGUGGACGGCCAUGUUCCCAAACCUCACUGAGAAGAGGCGCAGAUGAUAAAGAGGUGGAAAUGAGUGUGUUGCUGCAUUGCCCUUUGAGUGUGGGAGCGAUCAUGUAGAGAUGCACGGCUAGGAUAGCAAAGUCAAGUAAAAGUCCGUAGCAACUCCCAAGACUCUUGCAGACUGUAAUAUUCCACAGUUAACCAAUGACAGGACCGGCCUGCAGACGAGAUCGGGCAGUUUGGGACACUAUAUGAGUCUCACUGAAGGUAAAAUGAAUGGUUAUAACAAAAAACAAACAAAUCCAAACUGUGAUGGUUUAACUAUGUAUGUAUUUAUUUGUAUGAAGCAUUCUCAGGCCAGCAUUGAGACACCAUGCAAUCUCAAACUGCUCUUUGUUAGAACACCAGGCGAUUAAGAGACAUUCCACGUGUGUCUUAAACAUUGCAGAGCAAGUUUUAACAAAGUUCAUCAUUGUGUCAUUUAAUGGACCAUUCCUUGUUACAGCUCAUAUACGCACAAGUAUCACAGGAUGAUGUUCUCAAGUAAUUUCUGCCAGUCCAUCAUUUUCACUCUGACUCAUUUGUCACAUAUUUUAUGCAUAGCAUUUCUUUAUGUACCAAGUUCAUAUGUAGGUGUUGUGAUGGCUUGUACCCACUCACUAUAGUGAGCCCUAAGUCAUAAACCACUAAAGAGACUUCUUCCAGACACAGAAGAAGACAUAUAUUAGAAUGAAGUACAUUUGAAAGGCUAGUGUUGCCGAAGCAUAAAGGGUGGGCUUUUAACAAAGUAAAUCAAAAUUUAGACUGUUGAAACCUACAUUUCAUUCACUGAACAUUACGGAACAUUCAGGUGAAUUGUAUUUCAAGUGUUGGUAAAACAAAAUGCAGUUAAAGCACUUCUGGUGCCAGUGAUUGGCUUGAUUAGUUGAUCAGGUUCACGUGUGAUUUGAUCCGGAGCAGACUGGAGGUGGAGACAUAUCUGAUUUGAAGCAGGUGAGCUUCAUGUUACCAUGUAAUGAGUUUACCACGUCUACCCUUUUACUUGUCAAACUUACGCACACAUACAAGUGAACUGUGUAUAGUAUGUCUUAGAAAUUACAAAUAUUUAAAAUUGUGCAAUAAAAUUGUUUUAAAAUUA